AUGGAGAGAGAAUCGAAUCCCAUGGAGGCCUUGUGCCGUUCAGGGUGCGGAUUCUAUGGAAACCCUUCUACAGAUGGACUAUGUUCAGUUUGCUUUAAGGAAGCCUUAAAAAAGAAACAGCAGCCACCAGCGAGUACGCCGUCGGCAGUGUCCACAUCGUUCGUGGCCGCGCCCACGCCGCUGUCCGCCGCCGCGCCCACAGUGCCCACGCUGCCGGUGCAGCCGCAGCUACACACAGACAAAUUGGAAGAGGAGAGUGGGGCCGGCACGAGUGGGGCCAGCGCAGGCGCAUCCGACACUGACGCCGACGAUAAGGACAGCAAAGACAAAAAGAAAAAGAACAGAUGCGCUGUUUGCCGCAAGAAGGUUGGACUCACAGGGUUCGAGUGCCGUUGCGGGGGUCUAUUCUGUGCGGUGCAUCGAUACAGCGACAAGCACGAGUGCUCGUUCGACUACCGGGAGCUGGGAGCGCAGGAGAUCCGCCGCAACAAUCCCGUGGUCGUGUCGCAGAAGAUACACAAGAUA